UUGCAGAUAAGUAAAUUAGUAAGGGUUUGCUUUCUUAUAUUUAGGGAUUAGGAAACUUGUGUCAUUUGAAUGUUGGGCAAUAGUGCGUGCAUCUAGUUGCCUGGUUAAUUAAUUGCACUUCACUGUUGUUUCUAUAUUAGUGUGUAACUUGAAUCUGUGGUCGUGUAGGAAAGAAAAGUGCUGGGAUUCAGUUGUUAAAGCAUGAACGUGUUUAGGAAGGACAGGCAUGUAUGUGCCAUAAAGAUAUGUUUUAUUGAAGAGCUUGCACGCAGCGCUGCACUGAUGUCACAGCACAUGAGCAGAAAGUAAGUCGAACAUUGACUCAUCUGCACUGCCUGGUGUGAGGCUGAGAGACGUGUGUGUGUGUGUGUGUGUGUGUGUGUGUGGUGGAGGGGGUUGUCUGAAAGUGUCUUUGUUAAUGCAUUAGGAAUUUUUACCUGCAAUGAAUGUGUAGGGUUUCACUGAAAUGAGCAGUCGUUGAUGAUUAGGGUUUUUAUUCUGGUUAAGAGGAUGCUGCUGCUAACAACAAUGCUGUCCAUAAUGAUUCUGACAAUGCUGAUGAGGAUGAGGAACAAAAACUGCCAAUUACAGCAUGCCGACAGAGCCCAGCCUGUCAGAUGGGGUGAGCAGUAACUGCGCCAUCUGUGGAGACAAAGCCACGGGGAAACACUACGGAGCCUCCAGCUGUGACGGAUGUAAAGGCUUCUUCAGGCGCUCCAUACGCAAGAGCCACGUCUACACCUGCAGGUUCAGCAGGCAGUGCAUUGUGGAUAAAGAUAAGAGGAACCAGUGUCGCUUCUGCAGACUCAACAAAUGUUUCAGGGCUGGCAUGAAGAAAGAAGCUGUACAGAACGAGAGAGAUCGGAUCAGCUCCCGAAGAAGUAUCCCUGACUCCCAAGACUUGCCCCCCAUUACUAUUUUGGCUCAAGCAGAAUCACUCGCCCAACAGGUCAUUGCUCCGGUCGGAUUAACAGACAUCUCGGAGCAUAAGUCGGCCACUGUGGGAGACGUAUGUGAUUCUAUGAGACAACAGCUGUUGGUGUUGGUGGAGUGGGCCAAGUACAUUCCUGCAUUUGGAGAACUGCCGUUGGAUGACCAGGUGAGUUUGCUCAGGGCUCAUGCAGGUGAACACCUUUUGCUCGGGGUCGCUAAAAGGUCAAUGCCAUUCAAGGACUUCCUGAUUUUAGGAACUGGCUGUGUGAUCCAAAGGAACACUGCAGAGCAGGAGCUUUUUAAGGUGGCCAACAGAGUGCUGGAUGAGCUGGUGCAUCCCUUUCAGGACAUUCAGAUAGACGACAACGAGUACGCAGCGCUCAAGGCGAUCGUCUUCUUUGACCCAGAUGCAAAGUCUUUGCGGGACCCGUCGAAGAUCAAGGCCAUCCGUCUGCAGGUCCAGAUGAGUCUGGAGGACUACAUCAAUGACCGUCAGUAUGACUCCAGGGGUCGUUUUGGAGAGCUGCUGCUCCUGCUGCCCACCCUGCAGAGCAUCACCUGGCAGAUGAUCGAACAGCUCCAGUUCAUUAAGCUCUGCGGCCUGGCCAAGAUAGACAACCUGCUGCACGAGAUGCUGCUGGGAGGCCUUUCGUCGGAGCCCUCACACCUGCACCACCCGACACACACCCAGCUGGCGCAGGACCCUCUGACUGGCCACACACUGGUCAUCAGCACCAUGCCUGUCACUCACACUCCACAGAUUGCCUCUCCUGACACUCCCAUCCCGUCGCCCCCUCAGGGUCCCCCCCCAGAGAAGUACAAACACUUCCCGCAGCCGCUCUGUCCUCCAGCCAGCCCCUCGCCCUCCACAUAGACGGAUCUCUGACUUCUGCCUGCACUCUGUCAGAGAAGCUGACUCAGUGUCCUCUAUACAUGCUCCGUCAUGGUAUAAAGAUUAUGAAACCUGUGCCUGUUCAGUGUCUGUGGUUAGACUUUACCCUGCCUCCCCCACAUGCAACUCCUGGUGAUGUUGCAACAAUAACUGAGAUGUAAUUAAAGGUUCUAUUUCAAUAUGGCCCUCUCUAAUUCAGUGGGUUUCGCAACACAUACGGGGCAUAUUUGUGGUGACCUGAAAGAAAUACUCGUCUUUACUCAGUAUUUCUGUUUCACAACACUUUUAAUGUCAGUAAAGUACACACUUUCACAGGACUGCAAUUCAAUGUGAAGCUAGAUAUUCUCCUGUCAAAAACCUGAAACCCUUUUGAUUGUUUGUUUGACAAAUGUCCUACUUUAUCAGGCACAUAUUUGCAUAAAAAGGCCCCAGGGUUAAUAUGUUUCUAUAGGUGCAGUCAAUCACUAAUGCACAGGCGAGUUCUGACAAUGUGUACAAGUACAAGUACUAGGUAAAAAAAACUGCAACAGCAAGGAGAAACCUAAAUCAGGCCUGCUGUCAACAAAUUGAAUGCUCUGUCUUGUUUAUAUUAUAUAUACAUUAUGAAUUAACGGUCAUUGUGUAUGAAAUGUGUGUGAAAUUCAGGGACAUGGUUGCUUAUUUUCAGGAUUUAGGUUUCCUAUCUAAAAAGACUGUAUGGAGUAUCCAGAGGACUUCACUUUUUUUAAUAGUUGAAUUUUUGGAUUAAAAAGGAGAACAUGUAAUGCUCUGUAUUUAAUACUGAGCCAUGAAUACAUAUAUCAAACACUAUGCACCAAUAUCUUUAACACACAUCUAUUAAGCAGCUAUACAUGAUGUAAAUGGGUCCAGAGUGGCCAAAAUCUACAUGAUGUUAACAAUAAUAAUAUCAUUUAUACAUAUAUUUUAAAUAAGUUAAAUGCAAAAGGUAUAUGGAUGAAUUGUAAUAUUUUACUGUAUAUAGACAAUGGAAAUAUUUGGUAUUUUACAUUUUUAGAAUCAACUGUAUUGUAUUUUAUAAUGUGUAUAGUUGUUAAUUCAUGCAGUUAAUUGAGUAUUGUAUUUGAACUGAAUGAAUUGAACAGUGAGAGACUCCGCGUGGCACAACAGCCCCCUCUUGCUGUCACAAGUGGAAUCACAGCAUUGUGAUGAAUGUAAAUGGACUCCUUAUUGUACACAUUGUGUGCAUCAUUGGGAAACUGUGUGUAAUAUAAGAAUGCAUUCAUUUGUUUGUAUAAAUAAAGUGUAAAAUGGAAAA